AUGCUCAAAAACCCAUCAGUAGAGACUGAGCCUGUUGAGGAGGAGACUGAGUUUGUUGAUGUAGUGACUGAGUCGGUUGAUGAGGAGAUAGACCCCACGGAGGAAGAAGUUGAUUACUCUGAGUGGGAGGAUGAGGAGCCCGAGGAAGAAAGAGAGACAACCAAGGAGCCUGAACCAGCCAUUGAGCAACAAACCCCCCACCCCUACCAGCCUUCCAUAUAUACCGGCAUACUUAUAAUGGUCCUUUUGUGGCAUACACUCCACGAAAAUCCAUACCUAUUCGUAAACGGAAGCGAGACACUCCACCACCAGCAUCCCCAGUAG